AUGGAACAGUUCAAUCCCGGGCUGCGGAAUUUAAUAAACCUAGGAAAAAAUUAUGAAAAAGCUGUUAAUGCUAUGAUCCUGGCAGGAAAAGCCUACUACGAUGGAGUGGCCAAGAUCGGGGAGAUUGCCACCGCAUCCCCUGUGUCGAUGGAGCUGGGGCAUGUUCUCAUAGAGAUUUCAAGCACACACAAGAAACUUAACGAAAGUCUUGAUGAAAAUUUCAAAAAAUUCCAUAAAGAGAUUAUACACGAGCUGGAGAAGAAGACAGAACUUGAUGUAAAGUAUAUGAACGCAACUCUCAAACGAUACCAAACAGAACAUAGGAGCAAGCUAGACUCUCUGGAGAAGUCUCAAGCAGAGCUGAAGAAGAUCAGGAGGAAAAGUCAGGGAGCACGGAAUGCACUCAAAUACGAACACAAAGAGCUUGAGUAUGUGGAGACCGUCACUUCUCGCCAGAGUGAAAUCCAGAAAUUCAUUGCCGAUGGUUGCAGAGAAGCUCUGUUGGAGGAGAAGAGGCGGUUCUGCUUCCUGGUUGACAAGCACUGCAGUUUUUCAAACCACAUUCAUAAUUACCACAUCCAGUCUGCGGAAUUACUUAAUUCCAAACUGCCCUGGUGGCAGGAGUCCUGUGGUGAUGCCACCAAAGUGCCAGAGAAGAUCAUGAAUAUGAUAGAAGAAAUUAAGACCCCGAUCUCCACCCCAGUGUCUGGAACGCCUCAGCCCUCACCAGUGAUCCAGAGAAGCAGUAUGGUCGGCAAAGAUCAUGACACCCUUUCUAAAUACUCGCCAAAGAUGCCCCCAGCAACUUCAGCCAAAGCCUACACCGGCCCUUUGAUCGAUAUGUUUAAUAACCCAGCAACAGUUACACAGAAUUCAGAAAGGAUUAAUAAUUCAACAGAUUCCUCCGAGGAUCCUAGUUUGCAGCGCUCCGUGUCUGUGGCCACUGGUCUGAACCUGAUGAAAAAGCAGAAGGUAAAGACUGUUUUCCCGCACGCCGCUGGUGGGAACAAGACCCUGCUGAGCUUUGACCAGGGGGAUGUCAUCACACUGCUCAUCCCCGACGAGAAGGAUGGCUGGCUUUACGGGGAGCAUGACACCACCAAGGUGAGAGGUUGGUUCCCGUCAUCCUACACCAAGUUACUGGAAGAAAAUUUGAAGGAAGCAGCAGCUGUACCUGUGCCAAGCCCUGCACCUGUGAGAAGCAUCAGUACACUGAACUUAUCUGAGAAGACCAAUGUCGUCAUUCCCCCACCAGACUACUUGGAAUGUGUGUCCACAGGAGCAACGGGAGACAAGAGGGCGGAGAUUUCCAAACCCACUUCCACCUUCAAAGCUCCAGAGGCCAAACCUGAAGCCCCAUCUCCUAGUGAUGCCAAUGGGACUGCCAAGCCGCCUUUUCUUAGUGGAGAAAACCCCUUUGCUACCGUGAAACUCCGACCAACGGUGACCAAUGACCGGUCAGCCCCGAUCAUCCGGUGA